AUGCCUCCUGCCACGGACGAACACGAUGAUGUCCGCCGGUACCGGGAGGAGAAAGCUGCUCGGCAACACGAGUCAAUGGAAGGUGACUCCGAGGACGACGUCGCCGCAGAGGCCGGCGUCGCCACAGCUGCCGACGAAGCGAGGCACGAACCUCCGCCCGGCCAUUCUCAUGAAGACGCCGGCGAAGCUGACGACAAACAUGACUCCAUCCCCCGAGAUACUUCCCAGGUCGACCCAGCAUCGACGGAUGUAAAGCAGAGGAGAAAACAGUUGAGGCUCAGACGAAAAGAAAGGGCGGAACGGGAGGUGACGGAUCCUGUGACGCACCUCCCUGUCACUAUUCACGACUUCACCGACGAGGCGCUGAAAGAAACACUUUCGGAACACGCGGUUUUCAAAUCCGACAAGCGAUAUGCUACGGGUCUGAGUUCGAAUCGUGAUUCGACUGAGCACUUGCAAAGCCAGACUCGAGGUCUCCAACAACUUCACCAGAGAAUGAGCCGGAGAUUUCCACCGCCUGAUUUCGAUUUGUUGAAUCAAAACAUUACGGCAAUCAGCAAUCGGGGGCUGACGUUCGGUCUUGCGGGGCUUGCGAUUGCCGUUCUGUCCGCCUUUUUCCUGGGGGGGUUCUGCCAUGGAACAAAACAAACGGACCUUGGCUUGGAGCCGGACUGUGGCAGCAGCAAGUGGUGGAUACUUUCUACUGUAUUCAUCGCCGGCGCAAUCUUGGCGGUGAUUGCUGGGGUGCGAGAUUACACCACUCGCAAAAUCAGCAACAUCUUCCAGGAUGAGGUUUGGGAUGCUCACAGACAGCAACUCGCCAAAGACAUGGAUAAACAGGAGACUGAGACAACAAUAUGGCUCAAUUCUGUGUUGGGUGCUGUCUGGCCCCUUAUAAACCCAGAUCUUUUCUUGAGCCUUUCGGAUACCCUCGAAGAUGUUAUGCAGGCUUCUCUCCCCAAGCUGGUUCGGAUGGUAAGCGUCGAGGAUAUCGGACAGGGAAGCGAGUCAAUCCGGAUAUUGGGCAUUCAAUGGCUGCCGACGGGGGCUGCGAGCGAGUCUGUAACACCCAGCGGCAAUCUCUCGCCGCCUGACAAAGCUGAAGCGAAUAAUGGUAGCCAGUCAUCGGCAUCCAAGGGAUCGAGCCAAAGCGGCGACCCUAAAACAUUGUCAAAGGCUGAAGCUGUCGCUGAGGGGAUGGAAGGUGAAGAGGGCGAUUUCGUCAAUUUGGAAGUAGCCUUUGCAUACCGAACUCGGUCCAGCUCGCGGAGCCUCAAGGACAGAACCAAGGACAUGCAUCUCUUCGUGGCUUUCUAUUUACCCGGAAACAUCAAGAUACCCGUCUGGGUAGACUUGCUAGGAAUUAUUGGAACCAUGAGGAUGCGUCUACAGCUGUGUCCGGAUCCGCCAUUCUUUUCACUUUGUACAUUUACCUUCAUGGGACAACCAAAGGUUGACGUGCGGUGUGUUCCGCUAAGCCGCCGUGGUCUCAAUAUCAUGGAUAUUCCACUCAUUAGCAAUUUCGUUCAGAGUGCCAUUGACGCCGCCGUGGCCCAGUAUGUCGCACCAAAAAGCCUGACCUUGGACCUGAAAGAUAUCCUAGCAGGUGAUGAUUUCAAAAAGGAUACAGUAGCGAGUGGAAUUUUAAUGAUUCACAUCAAACGCGGAUACGAUUUCAAGAUGGGAGACUCGGCGAUACCUCUUGUUCGGGAAGCUAGUUCUGAUCCUUAUGUGUCGGUUGGGUGGGCCAAGUUUGGCAAGGUUCUCUGGAGCACGCGCAUUUUGAAAUGUGAAAUGGAACCUUGCUGGGAUGAAACCUGCUUUGCGCUCGUCACGCCGGAGGAGGUGAACAUUGACGAGCGGCUCCGUGUCCAACUCUGGGACUCGGACAGGUUUACAGCUGAUGAUGACCUGGGACGGAUUGAAGUUGGCCUGAAGGAGCUGAUGCAAAAUCCUGAAUCGAGGGGAAAGACCUGGCACCGAACUGACGGCUUCCGCGCUCUCAAGGCCGGCGAUAACAUGCCUGGCAAAUUGGAGUGGAGUGUUGGCUACUAUCCCAAGGCCAGGAUCCAGCAGUGCCAGUUGGACAAGCAAACCUAUGAUCCCAAAAUACGAUCCAUGGAACAACUCAAGGUCAAAGUAGAUGAGACUUGUGAGCGAAAACUUCGUGAAUUCAUGAUCAAAGAAGGCAUCAAGGUGCGUGACGAAGAAGAACUAGAACAGCAAAUCAUCCUGGAGAUGAAGGCAGAAUCGGAUGCCAUGAUAUGCUCGGCACCUCCGCCAGACGACUACCCCAGCGGUUUAUUCAGCAUUCAAAUCCACAACAUUACCGGCCUAGAAGUCGAAAGACUAAACAGGCGGCAAGCCGAUGACUAUGACGAAGAGAGUGAUGAGGAAGAAGAAGGCGAUGGACUACCCAGCUCUUACUGUACCGUCAUUAUCAACCACAGCAAAACAUUCAAGACGCGAACGAAGCCACAAAAUGCAAAGCCCUUCUUCAAUGCAGGUUGCGAGCGAUUCGUCAGAGACUGGAGAGACUGCGAGGUGUUCGUCUCCGUCCGAGACGCAAGACUCCACGAAGACAAUCCACUCCUAGGGAUUGUCCACCUUCCCCUUGCAGAGCUUUUCAAAGACCGCUCCCAAGUCAUGGGAUGGUACCCCUUGAGCGGCGGCAUCGGUCGUGGCCGCGUCAGACUGUCCAUGGUUUGGCGCAGCGUCAGACUCCAAGCUCCCCCCAACCUCCUAGGUUGGCAGUACGGCACCGUAGACGUCCACCCAAUUGCAGUUAGCGAAGAUUGCCAGCCCGAGCUCAAGGGUUGUAAACUCAAGCUCAAGACAGACAUUAGCAUGGGCAAACUGCGGCCUGUCGGAAGCAGCGGCAAAUGGAUGUCCAAAAAAGAGCAGGACCUCCAUUUAGCCGUCAGGAAGCGCUACAGCAGCUGCAUGGCCGUUGAGUUUCGAGACAAGCGUUUCCUGGGGGAAAAGGUUUCUGCGUUCUGCGUUCUCUGGCUCAAGGACAUCCCCGACGAAGAGGAAGAAGAUCUCCAACUCCCCAUUUGGAAAGGCGAUUAUGAGCGCGCAACGUCGAAUUGCUUGAAAGGCUGUGGUGAAAAACUGGGCACCCUCAAGAUCAAAUUAACUUUUUUGUCUGGAAUGGGCAUCGCUCAUUCCCGCUGGGCAAGUCGAAAUCAACACACCCGCGACGUUGUCGAAGUGAUUGACACGGCCCGCGACAAUCUAGACCUGGACAAGAUUGAACGAGAAGCAGGGAUUGUGGACGAGGAAGCCUCUAGUGACAGUGACAGCUCGUCGGACGGUGGACAGGAGGCAGUGCCGGAUGGGAGUGCACAGCAUAAACAGGGUUUGAUAGACCAGCUGAGGGAUUACAAGAGGCGGGACAAGGCGCUGCAUAGGCAGCACAGGGGCCUGAUGCAAUGGAAGGUCCCGAGGACGGCGAGAUGGAUGAGGCACAAGAUAGGCAGGGUGGAGGAGAGCGUGUCGGGGUUGUUUGACCAUCAUAACAAGCAGCCAGGCAUUGAGACUGAAGUAUGA